GUCAAUAAAUAAUUUUGAAGUAUUAAAUAUGAAUACUGAUAUUAUUUGUAAAUUUUGUACUGGGAAUCUUAGCAGAUAUGUUUGUCCAAAGUGUGGAGCACCCUAUUGUUCCUUAAUAUGUUAUAAAUCGCCAAUUCAUUUAGAAUGUUCAGAACAGUUUUACAAAGAAUGCAUUCAAGAAGAAUUAGAUGUUCAAGAUUCCGACAAUGUAAGCAAGAAAGAAAUGAUGGACAUUCUUAAAAGAGUAUAUGGAGAAAAUGAAGAUUCUGAAAGUGAUUCGGAUGAUGAAGAAUUCACAGACAUCAAUGAGCGAUUGAAUGGAAUUGAUCUAAAUGAUGCCGAGCAAGUUUGGAGUUCAUUAACUGACUCAGAAAAAGCAGAAUUUGAACAUCUUGUUAAGUCUGGUGAUAUCUCUAAAAUUCUACCUCAGUUUACUCCUUGGUGGUGUUUACCGAUUGAAAAACAAAUAGUAACAGAAGUUAGUGAGAGUAUUAAUGAUAGUGAGUUUCCACAUUUAAUAACCAACAUUCCAAAAUUGUCUUUACUUUCAAAAAAACCUCCAUCAGACUGCAUUCAAUGGAAUUUAGUUAACAUGAUAACUCCAUAUGUGUUUUUGAUACGUUAUUAUAAUGGUAAACAUAAAUCAUAUUUAUCAGAAUUUAUCAAUGGACUUUAUAAUUUGUCAAAAAAUCUAUCUCUCAAUCAGAAUUUUGAAUCAUAUGACAUGGCAGUAAAAUCUGUUGAGCUUUGUAUUCAAGAGCAAGAAAUGUUUAAAGGUUUUCAAGAAGGUUUUAAUCUUAUAAAUAACGACUUAGAAACAAUAUUUAGUAAUGGUUUGGAUUCAAACUGCAAUUAUAAUAUCAAAAUGGCUUUAUCUGAUAUACAUAAUUUACUGACAAUGUAUAAAAAUGACCAAAAAAAUGUUUCUUUGAAAAAAACAGAACAAGGAGAAUUUAAUAGAAAAUUUCCUGAUGCUAAAGCUACUUAUUCUAUACUUGUAGACAUAAAGAAAGUACGUUUGUUAUUGAAAAAGAUUGAAUAUUUUUUAGCUUGGGUAGAUGAAAGCAAAUUAUAAGAAUAAGUGAUUAAUUUUUUUUUUUAUAGUACAUUGAUGUUAGUUCAAUUUAUAUAAAAUGUUGGGUAACUUUGUUAAGUU